AUGAAAUGUGUAUUUGGACAGUUUGAAGUGCCAUGUAUUUUUAAACAGUUCUUCGCAACAGCGACAUCUGGAUGGUUGACACUGACAGCGGGAUUUGCAUUCGGGUUCAGUGCAGUCCUCCUACCGGAGCUGGAAAAGGAUGAGCAAUUCCCUUACGAUGCCAAUAUGGCUUCUUGGAUCGCAUCAAUAACCCCUCUAUCUAUGGUGUUCGGAUGUCUGGGUGCGGGUUAUCUUAUCGACAGUGUAGGAAGAAAAACCGGACAUAUGGUAUUAGCAGUUAUAUCUCUAAUGAGUUGGCUUAUUAUAGCGUUCGCAACAAACAACACGUAUAUGCUACUGGGAAGAUCUGUAGCUGGUUUAUCUGUUGGCUCCAAUAGACCAGUAUCUUUAGUAUACAUAGGGGAAAUUUCAGAUCCAAAAUACAGAAGUUUCACACUUAUAGGGCCGUCUAUAAUGCUUGGUUUAGGGAUAUUGCUCAGCCAUCUUCUCGGUGGAUAUGUUCCAUGGAGACACUGUUGCUAUAUUUAUGCUGCAGUAAAUUUAUCGUGUGUUAUAUUGUUGUUAUUUUUGCAAGAAAGCCCUCUAUGGUUAAUAUCAAAAGGGAGGGUUGAUGAAGGAGUUCAAGCCUUCAAAUGGUUUAGGGGCGAAGGUAUGGAGUCGCACAAGGAGUUGCAGUUGGUAUUACUGCGGCAAUUUGAAAAAUCUAGCCAACACUUUUAUAAAGAUUUUAUGACCAUAUCAUUUGUUAAGCCACUGUUAAUUGUUUUCUUAUUGUCUUUUGUACAGUUUAACGGGGUGAAUGUUUAUAGUUUUUACGCGUUACAACUGAUUAAGGCUACAUUUAAGGGCACCAUUGAUCCUUUUUCAUUUAUGCUCGGCAUUGAUGGUUUAAGAUUCGGAAUCAUAUUUUUCAUUUUCACUUGUAACAAAUUUAUUUCGCGUAAGAUAUUCUUCAUUGUCGUUAAUUUUGGCUGCGCUAUUUCCUUGUUUAUUUUAGUAGGUUACUUGUUAAAUUUAGAAACCUACGAGUGCGUAUGGCUAUCUAUAUCUAUCACAGUUUUAUUUAUAUCAUUUGGUGGAUGUGUAGUUGCAUUAGCAUGGUCAUUUGUACCUGAAUUGUUUUCAGCGAAUUUAAGAGGCUUGGGAUCUGGGAUUGGUGCAUCUAUGUCGUACUUUGUAUUGUUUGUUUGUGUUAAAAUCUCUCCCGGGAUUAUGGUAGCAUAUGGAGAAGCGGCUAUGUAUGCUGCGUAUGGUAUUAUUACAUUAAUUAAUACGAUAAUAUUGUGUUUUGUAUUACCUGAAACGAGUGGUCGUACUUUGCAGGACAUUGAAGAUAGUUAUAAGAAAAGUAAUAAUACUGUAUCAAAUUCAUAA